AUGUGGUGGGACACGGCACGAAUCCAAGAGACGGUUACAAUGCAGUUCAUAUAUUCCAACCUUUCGCCUCCUGACUGCGAACUCAUAAGCCGCCCAGUCGUCUCCAGGGGCGGCUUGACCGACCGGACCUAUGGGCGUUUGAUAUUGGAGAGGGCAAAGCGGAUAUUUCUCAUCUUGUUAGAUCUUGGCUGCCCAGAGCGCAUAUUUGCCGCUCUAGAUAACUCGUGGGAUGAUACCGACCUCCCCCUCAACCCUGAACAGGCGCAGCAGUUAUUGCGUUCACAAUACUACGGUACCAAGGUUGGCGAUCUACGGCUCGAGCGCAGCUUCUGCGAACGACAGUUCAAGUACCUCUUGAGAUUCCUCUGCAAAGGAGAGCACCUCAUCUAUCAGCCCAUGGAGCUGGUGUCGCUCGACAUCGUUCGCGAGGCAUGGACACUGUUGAGAGAAACAAGCAACAAGACCGUUGACAAUGCCAGCUUGCCACAGUAUCCUGGUCGGAUUUUUGAGCGAAGACGAUUCCGGCUGGCUUCAUUGGGCGCUAGUCCAUACCAGGGAAAAGAUGAAAUCUCCCAGGAAAUUGAAAAGGCUCGCACGCUGCAGAGUGUCCAUCUCGUUUCAUACUUUUGCUCGUACCAACAUCAGGACCAUGCCUAUGUCCUUUUCGAGCCUGUCUCGGUGAACAAAAGAAGAUCUCUCAGGACAUUGCUGAGAUCAGGGACGACCGAAUCGGCCAGUCCCGUAGCAUUCGUCAGAAGAACGAGACCAAGACGGAAGGGCGGCGUAAAUGGGAUGCGCACGCAGCCAGAGCGGUUCAUCAACUGGAUCAAUUGCCUGGCCGAUACGCUCUGCAUGAUACAUGGGACCGGCUUGGGCCAUGGUAAUAUCAAGCCAUCUACCAUUCUGGUAAAGGACGACGACGAGAUUCUUCUUUCCGAUUUUACGAAGCUGAACCCAUCAAUCUUGGCAAGAGCCCAGGGCCUAGAUAGCUUCGACAGUGAAGCGUACAACUAUGCCGCUCCCGAGCAAUGGAUCCGCACCACCUCGUCACUGGUACGCGAUAGAAGUCAUGAGCUGCCGCACCCAGUCACACGAGCUGACGAGUCCAGAAACUUUGGGAUCUCUCGAGUAUCUACCGACAGUGACUGUGCACGUUCGACAGGCAGCCCUCUUACGGCAGACGUCACUUCACCAGGCUGGCUUGACCCCAGGGCUGCCGACGUGUUCUCCUUCGGCUGCAUCAUACUCGAAAUACUCGGGCUUCUGUUGGACAUGUCGAGCAAAGCCUUCGCCGAACACAGAGCUGCUAAGCAAAAAACCCAUGGGCGUGGCAGCUCGAUCCCCGACUCUUCGUACCAUCGUAACCUCGGUCAAGUGGAGGUGUGGAUGGAGUCCUUGGCUGAAAAGGCAACAACUCAGGACAGAGAAGAUAUGACGGGGGUCAAUGUCUUUGCGGCGGUUGUCCCCUUGCUGCAUAUGACAGCAAGGAUGCUGGCCGUCAAUGCCAUGGAUCGGCCAUCAAUGGAAGAGGUACAGAGAGAGACGUACCAUAUAUUGACCAGAGUAUGUGGCAUCAAGGAGCCGCACUGCGUUCCCAGUCGGAGCGAGUAUGCGCAGGCUGAGCCCACGAGCUCUCGAGCACACCGCAACUGCUCAAUACCAACAACGGCUUUUCCGAUUGAGGUUAUCAGCGACGAGAUUGAACCUGCACAGACGACCUUGUUGACAAGGGAGAGGUCUAGAUCACCGCCGUUGGCUCUCUGUAGCGGGUUGGAGACGAUCCGAGACUUGCGUAUCAGAAGCAAGUAA